UGAAGUCGGAUAACGUUUUGCUGUCCCAUGGCUUCUUCCCUCGCGCUUCCUCUCCACUCCUCUCUUAUCUUCUCCAGCCCAAAGCCAAGAACUCAGAACCCUACUCGCUAUUCUCCUCCAGUUAAGAUCAGCAGGACGGAAAUACCCCCGGUCAGUGCUUCCACCUUGCUGCCUCCGUUCAAGCUGUUUGAGCCUCCGCGGGCUGAUGAAUCGCCGAUUCCUUCAGAUUUGGAACCCGCGGAUCCAGAUUUCUACAAGAUAGGGUACGCGCGGUGUGUUCGGGCAUAUGGGAUCGAUUUCAUGGAAGGGCCGAAUGGGUUCGGUGUGUACGCUUCUCGAGACGUAGAGCCUCUGCGCAGAGCAAGAAUGAUUAUGGAAAUUCCUCUAGAGUUGAUGCUGACAAUAAGUCAAAAGCAUCCAUGGAUGUUUAAUCCAGAUAUUGUGCCUAUUGGUCAUCCUAUAUUUGAUAUUAUAAACUCCACAGACCCAGGGACAGACUGGGAUCUGAGGCUAGCCUGUCUACUGUUGUUUGCUUUUGAUGUGGAAGGAAACUUUUGGCAGCUUUAUGGCGACUUUUUACCUAGUGCAGAUGAAUGCACUAGUUUGCUUCUAGCUGAGAAGGAAGAUCUUCUGGAGCUACAGGAUCCGGUACUCGCUUCCAAAAUGGAACAACAGCAUAAACGGGCGAUAGACUUUUGGGAAAAGAAUUGGCAUUAUGCUGCUCCAUUAAAGAUAAAGCGCCUAUCCAGAGACCCUGAAAGAUUUCUUUGGGCAUUAAGUAUUGCUCAGUCACGCUCUAUUUCCAUGAAAAUAAGAAUUGGUGCACUUGUGCAGAGUACAAACAUGCUCGUUCCUUAUGCUGAUAUGUUGAAUCACUCGUUUCAGCCAAACUGUUUCUUUCAUUGGCGUUUUAAGGAUCGUAUGCUUGAAGUAAUGAUAAAUGCAGGGCAGCGCAUCAGGAAAGGAGAUGAGAUGACUAUCAAUUACUUGCUUGGAGAGCAGAACGAUAUGUUCAUGGAAAGAUAUGGCUUUUCUUCUCCUACGAAUCCUUGUGAUGUUAUAAAUUUCUCCGGCAACGCGGCAGCCCAGCUUCACCGGCAUUCCUUCUUAUCAGUAUUCAACAUCUCUGGCCUACCCGAAGAAUUUUAUCACAACAGCCUUCUGUCCGGAGGUGAAGAUGAUGACCUUGUGGAUGGAGCAGUAAUAGCAGCAGCUCGAACUCUGCCGAGUUGGUCAGAUGGAGAUAUGCCACCAAUCCCCAGUGCUGAAAGAAGAGCUGCUAAGGAACUGCAAGAAGAAUGCCGUCGAAUGUUAGCACAGUUGCCUACCACCUCUCAAGAAGACCAACAAAUUCUAGAGUGUAAUACACUGACAAGGACCAGAGAGGCUGCUAUCAGGUACAGAUUGCAUCACAAAUUGUUUAUAGAAAAGGUCAUUCAGGCACUGGAAAUAUAUCAGGAUAGGAUAUUGUUUUGACCAGCAACAAUAAUUAGCAUAUUGAGGUCUGAUUAGAGAUGUUAGCUACCUCAUAUUUUUUGAAUGUUAAUGAUUCUAUUCAUUUAUGUAAUCUGCAUGUUUUAGAUUCAGAUCAUGGUAAAUUCCCCCUUAUUACGUGCUGGUCUUUCAACAGUAAAGAUUUUCAUAAAUAUAUUUUGGGAUGAUUACGUACAGACUGCCCAAAACAUUGAUAUUUACAAAUUAAUCACGCUGGAGAUUUUUUUGAACUACUGUUUAUGCAUACCACGAUCUAAUCAUUAAGAAUUUGAUAAAAAUGAAAAAUAUGAGUUGGGUUUUUAUCAUGAACUUUGAUAUUUGAGUGAGAACUUGAAAAAGGAUGAAAGAGGGCGGUUGAUUUGUACAUAGCAUGUUUCGGGUGGUUUGUAUGCAAUUGCCCCAUAACUUUAUUCAUCUUUUUUCUAUAAUAAUGCCAAUAACA